UAUCAUCAGUUGAAAGCGGAAUGAAAAAAUCACCCUCUUCUUCCACUGUCGGAACUCAUCAAUGUGACACCCAGCGGAAGUAAACAACAUCAUCGUGUGUAGCUUUAAUGUAUGAGGUAUGUGUUGAACUAGCAGGGAGAUGAUACUGUAGUUGUAGAUUAGAUAAUUAUCUCAGUUGUAAUUAAACAACAAUGUCUGCAGUUCAGAAGUUGAGAGAGUUUGUCAACGAGCGACUAACUGCUGCUGCUGAAGAGAUAUUCAGAGUUUAUGAAACAACUAUCGUCGAGUACGAGGAAGAGAUUGAUCGUCAGCGCAGACUGCUGGAUGUCGUUUGGAAACCUGAAAUAAAGUUAAACAGACUAAAGCUCCCACAGCAACAUGUCUGUAAGGAGGGGGAGGAGGAGGUUCUCGCUGACCAGCAGCUCUGUAUUCAGGAGAGGAUCUCCAGUCUGGACCAAGAGGACCCAGAGCCUCCACAGAUUAAAGAGGAACAGGAGGAACUCUGCACCAGUGAGGAGGGAGAGCAGCUUGUACUGAAGCAGGAGACUGAUGCCUUUAUGUUGACUCCUACUAAUGAGGAAAGUGACCACAGUGAAGAUCAGACUCUGGACUUGAGAAUCACAAAAAUUCAGAGUGCAUUUGAGGAAAAGCCUUUAAGCUACAUUUCAGACCACAGUGAAGAUCAGACUCUGGACUUGAGCAUCACUGAAACUCAGAGUGUGGUGGAGGAAAAUCCUUUAAGCCACAAUUCAGUUAAAAGCUCUGUAGUAUCAGAACCAAACAGUGACCAGCAGCUCCUCUCUCACAACUCUCAUGAAGCUGAGAGCCAAGAUCAGAAAGGAGGCAAGCCUGGAGACUCAGGAUCAACUAGAAAUGCAGAGUCAAAACAACAGAACCAACAUCACAACAGGAACAGUCACAGUAACGAUGCAUAUAGUCCUACUAUGUCAAAGAUUCUCUGUAAUACUCACACAGGUGAGAAGACUUUCAAAUGUGACACGUGUGAGAAAGCUUUUAAGAAUGAAUCACGAUUGCAGGCACAUCUGAUAAUACACACAGGUGAGAAGCCGUAUGCUUGCAAAACAUGUGGGAAAGAUUUCAAAAUUCAGAGUCGCUUGAAAGUCCACAUGAGAACACACACAGGUGAGAAGCCAUAUACUUGCAAAACAUGUGGGAAAGAUUUCACUCGUUACAAUACAUUGAGUGCCCACAUGAGACUCCACACAGGUGAGAGGCCAUAUUCUUGCAAACGAUGUGUGAAAAGAUUCAGAGUCAAUUCAGCAUUGACAAGGCAUAUGAGAAUCCACACAGGUGAGAAGCCGUAUACUUGUAAAACAUGUGGGAAAGAUUUCCGAUGUAGCAGUAACUUGAGAGACCACGUGAAAAUCCACAAAGGUGAGAAGCCGUAUACUUGCAAAACAUGUGAGAAAGCUUUCCCUCGUAACAGUUCAUUGAGUGCCCACAUGAGAAUCCACACAGGUGAGAAGCCGUACCUUUGCAAAACCUGCGGGAAAAGAUACUGUGAAGCUACAAAAUUGACAAGGCAUAUGAGAAUCCACACAGGUGAGAAGCCGUACCUUUGCAAAACCUGCGGGAAAAGAUACGGUGAAGCUACAAAAUUGACAAGGCAUAUGAAAAUCCACACAGGUGAGAAGCCGUAUACUUGCAAAACAUGUGGGAAAGAUUUCAAAAUUCAGAGUCGCUUGAAAGUCCACAUGAGAACACACACAGGUGAGAAGCCAUAUACUUGCAAAACAUGUGGGAAAGAUUUCACUCGUUACAAUACAUUGAGUGCCCACAUGAGAGUCCACACAGGUGAGAGGCCAUAUUCUUGCAAAACAUGUGGGGGAACUUUCACUAAAAGCAGUUACUUGAGAAUCCACAUGAGAAUCCACACAGGUGCAAAGCCGUAUACAUGCAAAACAUGUGGGAAAGAUUUCAAAAUUAACAGUCACAUGAAAGUCCACAUGAGAACUCACACAGGUGAGAAGCCGUAUACUUGCAAAACAUGUGAGAAAGCGUUCACUCGUAACAGUUCAUUGAGUGCCCACAUGAGAAUCCACACAGGUGAGAAGCCGUACCUUUGCAAAACCUGCGGGAAAGGAUACCGUGAAGCUACAAAAUUGACAAAACAUAUGAAAAUCCACACAGGUGAGAAGCCGUAUACUUGUAAAACAUGUGGGAAAGAUUUCAGAUGUAGCAGUAACUUGAAAGACCACAUGAAAAUCCACACAGGUGAGAAGCCGUAUACUUGCAAAACAUGUGGGAAGGAUUUUAAAUUUAAUAAUGUCUUGAAAGUCCACAUGAGAAUCCACACAGGUGAGAAGCCGUAUACUUGCAAAACAUGUGGGAAAGAUUUCAAAAGUAGUAGUAACUUGAAUGGCCACAUGAGAACCCACACCGGUGAGAAGCCUUAUCUUUGCAAAGCCUGCGGGAAAAGAUUCAGUGAAGCUAUGGUAUUGACGAGGCAUAUGAGAAUCCACACAGGUGAGAAGCCGUAUACUUGUAAAACAUGUGGGAAAGAUUUCAGAUGUAGCAGUAACUUGAGAGACCACGUGAAAAUCCACACAGAUGAGAAGCCGUAUGCUUGCAAAACAUGUGGGAACGAUUUUAAAUUUAGUAAUGUUUUAAAAGUCCACAUGAGAACCCACACAGGUGAGAAGCCGUAUACUUGCAAAACAUGUGGGAACGAUUUUAAAUUUAGUUAUGUUUUGAAAGCCCACAUGAGAACCCACACAGGUGAGAAGCAGUUGAAUACUUGAUUCUGAUUGGUCAACUAUGGCAUUCUACGGUCUGUUAUUUCUUCACUCUCACACUAUCUAUGAAACACACAAAAUGUUGUAAAAUUGAUUUAUUUAACGGAUCAUAACAAAAAUUGAGUUCUCCAAGUUGACACAAUAUUUUGAUGAUGAACAACUGAAUCAUGGACAUAUAUAUAUAUAUAUAUAUAUAUAUAUAUACAUAUAUAUAUAUAUAUACAUUUCACUAAUGUAAUGUUUCCUCAAAAACUCACAAUAAAGACUCAAUUGACUCAAA